UUUCGUCUCUUAUUUUUUGCCGAAAGGGGAAACCCAAACUCUCUACUCUUCCUCAUUUCUCCUCCGUGAGAAAUGGAAGGUCACUCCCUCCGGCCACCUUAAAGCCCCUAUUUUCUCGUUGUUGAACUUUAGAACCCUUGAAACUCUCAUAAAACCAAGCCUUCGAGAAACCUCAAAGCUAAAAGAAGCCUAAACAAUUUCUAAGCCCUCUCGUUUUUUGACCUCUACACCCAUACGAGACUUCUAUGCUCUGAACUAAAAUAAAGAGGGUCUCACCUUCGAUGAUGGAGGGUUUCCUAGCUCCGACGAGAUGAGUUUCUAUUCCUUAAGGGGACCUUUCACCAUCCGAUUCUUCUGUGGCUCCAUCCAAAGGCUCAAAUCCAUUUCCCAACGACUUCUGACAAUCGUACAAAGGGGCGUUCCAAUUUCUGUUAUGACAGAGGCUGAAGGAGGCCUUGGCAGAGGCACAUGGAUGCUGUGGGGGACCGAGAGUGGGUGCGUUGUUGCUGGAGAUGUCCCUGUCAACACGUUGGGAGCUCGAGGAAUCGUGUGUGCAUCAGACGCGAGACCAAAUCGACAGUUGGGCUUCGAUCUUAGUCGGUGGCGACUGGUGCAUUAUCUCCUUGAAUUUGGAGCAUUUAGAUCUCUCACAGAUCCAACAGUGGAGAGUCAAUUGCGCAAUGAUCCCAUCUAAGGUUAUGAAACCCCUAAAGGCCCCUUAAUCUGGACCGUUGAAUUGGUCCAGAUCCAAUGGUCCUGAUGAUGCGGCGCGGAGUUGAAAAGUUCAUUAGGGUUUCACAAACCCUAGUCACAUGUAAUCUGAGCCGUCGUUUUCUCCCUUGAUCGAAUGACUGAGGAUGUGUGACGCUGGUAUUAGGGUAAAAAAAACUAACUGGAGAUGAUCCUGGAUCGACACAGGUGGGUUGCUGAACUCUUUAGGCCCCUGCGUUGGGUCAUUUGUUUUGUAAAAAAAAAACUUUUGGAUUGUAUUGGACUUGAAUUGUUUGGACUCUCUGUCAAUUAAACCUGCAUA